GCCACCGGACCCGCCAUGCUGCGCUGGCUGCGGGGCUUCGUGCUGCCCACGGCGGCCUGCCUGAGUGAGGAUGAUUACUUCCGCUACCAGAUCCUCUUCGAAGACCUGGACCGCAAUGGGGACGGCGUGGUGGACAUCAUGGAGCUCAAGGAGGGCCUGAAAAACUGGAGCUCCUCGUUUGGCCUGAACUCGGAGAAGGAUAUUCUUCAGGCUGGAGAUACCAAUCACAGUGCAGGAUUGGACUUCGAAGAAUUUGUGCGGUACCUUCAAGACCAUGAGAAAAAAAUGAAGCUGGCAUUUAAGAGUCUGGACAAAAAUAAUGAUGGAAAAAUAGAAGCUUCAGAUAUUGUUGCUACUGUGAAAUCACUGGGUAUACAUAUUUCUGAAGUUCAGGCAAAAGAGAUUCUGAAAAGCAUUGAUACUGAUGGAACAAUGACAGUAGACUGGGAUGAAUGGAGAGACUACUUUUUACUACAUCCUGCAAAAAAUAUCAAUGAGAUUAUUCAUUUCUGGAAACGUUCCACUAUAAUUGAUAUAGGAGAGAGUAUAGCAAUUCCAGAUGAAUUUACUGAACAAGAAAGGCAGUCUGGAGAUUGGUGGAAACGUUUGGUGGCAGCAGGAAUAGGUAGUGCAGUGGCACGGACGUGCACAGCACCUUUUGACCGCUUGAAAGUCAUGAUGCAGGUUCAUAGUUUAAAGACAAGGAGAAUGAGGUUGAUGAGUGUGUUUGAGCAUCUAGUAAAAGAAGGAGGAAUUUUUUCUCUUUGGCGAGGAAAUGGUAUUAAUGUUCUCAAAAUUGCACCAGAGACAGCACUCAAGAUUGGGGCCUAUGAACAGUAUAAGAAAUGGCUUAGUUUCGAAGGUUCUUAUACAGGAGUUUUUGAAAGAUUUAUAGCUGGUUCAUUGGCUGGAGCAACUGCCCAGACCUGUAUUUAUCCUAUGGAGGUAAUAAAGACCAGACUGACUGUAGCUAACACUGGAGAGUAUUCAGGGAUUAUGGAUUGUUGCAAGAAGCUUCUGAAACAAGAGGGUUUCCGAACUUUUUUUAAAGGCCAUGUUCCUAACUUGCUGGGCAUUGUACCAUAUGCAGGCUUAGAUCUUGCUGUUUAUGAGUUUUUGAAGAAUUAUUGGCUGGAGCAGAAUGCAGGAGACUCUGUAAACCCUGGGAUAAUAAUUUUGCUGGGCUGUAGUACGCUGUCUCACACUUGUGGUCAGUUAGUCAGCUUCCCUCUGUAUCUUGUUAGAACUCGCAUGCAGGCCGAAGCCCCGGUGGGAAAAGAAACACCAACUAUGAUUCAGCUCAUUCAAGAAAUAUAUAAAAGAGAAGGAAUAAGAGGAUUUUACAGGGGUAUCACCCCUAACAUCAUAAAGUUGCUUCCUGCAGUAGUCAUCGGCUGUGUGGUUUAUGAAAGAGUGAAACCAAUUUUGGGAGUAACCUAGAAGUGAAAUAUCAAAUUAUUGUCGUUGUCAAAAUCACUGAAUUAUAAGAUAAUGUCUGGGUUAUAAGAGACCAUAACCUUUUUUCUAAAAGGAAAGAAGUAUCAAAUAACUUAAAAUAUUUUCUCUUUAUUUUAUCU